AUGGGGGCGUGCAGGCUCCUGGCUCCCCUCCCCCACCCCGGCCGGCCGACAGUGACGGGACCCUCCCCGCCCCCCGCCCUCCGAGAGGAGGAGGAGGAGGGGCCGGGCGGUGUGUCGGAGGGAGCCGUGGCUGAGCGGUGCCGGGACAGUGAGACUCAGACGGAUGGAGGUCCCAAGGUGGAGAGCCCGGGAGGGGAGCGGGAGCAGGAGCAGGAGCAGGUCCCUGUGCCCCCUCCCGCGGAGCUCAGUAAGGUGACGGAGUUGGAGCUGACCCAGAACCUGGCCAAUCACUCCCUGUGUAUGUCAGCCAUGGACAAACGCAUGGUCAACCUUCUCAAGGCAGCCAAGGUGCAGCUCAUUAAAAUCGACCAACAGAAACACUGGAAGGCCCAGCAGCAGCUGACUUUGCAACCUGCCCGUGAUGUGAAGGUUCCUGUGAAAGAGGAGGUGCUGAUGAUGGACAAGUCUGACACUGACAGCGAGCAGGAGGAUGUGGAAGCCAUGAAACGCAAACUUGGCCCAGAUUCUCCACUGGCUCACGAGAAAAGACCCCGAGUCGAGAUCCCGACCACUCAGGGCCCACGGAUCAAGCAUGUGUGUCGGCGUGCCGCUGUGGCGUUGGGUAAGCCGCGGGCGAUGGUUCCUGUCGAUAUCCCGCGGCUCAGUGCCCUGCCAAUGCACGAGCGAGGGAGCAUCGUGACCACCCCGAUGGACGGUGACCGAUACCUCCUCCUCAGAGCCGGAGAGCCCACUGCCGGUGAUCUCGGUGGUGAAGACGGAGCGGAGGUGGAAGAGGUGCCGGAAGUGACCGCGCCUGCGCUGCCGCCUCCUGUGGAGGAGGAGGAGGAAGCCAAGCCGCCGCUUGCCAUGGGCCAGCCCAAACGCCGGGGGAACCGGUGUGGCAGCUGCAAGGGCUGCCGGAACCUGGCCGACUGUGGCAAGUGUGUCAACUGCCUGGACAAGCCUAAAUUCGGGGGCCGUAACACCAAGAAACAGUGCUGUGUGUGGCGCAAGUGUGAUAAAAUCGAGCGGAAACGGCAGGAACGCCUGGCUAACGUGCGGAAGAGGAGCCGGAUCACCCUCCUGCCUGCCAUUGACACUCGGCCGGUGAUGGGGAAGGAUGAUGAGGAGUGGCUCCCUGACACUCAGGGUUAUGCUGCCUAUGAGUACAUGCUGGAGGCAGCGGUGGAGGAGGUGCAGGUGAAGAAUGGGGACACCUCUCUGAACCCCGUCGAGGGGCUGGGAGCCGACACCCAGCUCCAGCGCAAGUCCAUUCGCCGCACGGCCCGCCAGUGGUCUUACUACGCCCUGUUUGAGGAGUCCGACCUCUCUGACUCGGAGAAUGAUCUCCAGUCUCUCAUGGGUGACCAGGGGCGACUGAAACCCCUGCAACUGAAAUGUCGCAAAAGCCGAGAGAAGGAGAAACCCGUCCUCCUGAGCAAACAGGAGCAGCUGGCACUGAGUCCCCUGAGCCCCUUCACCACCAACAACACUGGGCGCCAGAAAGGUCUGUCCGAUGGGGUCCACCGGAUACGGGUGGACUUCAAGGAGGACUGCAGCAUUGAAAACGUCUGGCUCAUGGGUGGUCUCAGCGUCCUCUCCUCUGUUCCCAUUCUGCCCCGGGUUCUUUGCCUGCUGUGUGCCAGCCAGGGGCACCACGAGAUGGUGUAUUGUCAGGUUUGCUGUGAGCCCUUCCACAGUUUCUGCCUGGACGAGAGGGAGCGACCGAACGCUGAGCAGAAGGAGACCUGGUGUUGCCGUCGCUGCAAGUUCUGUCACGUCUGUGGGCGCAAGAGUAAAUCUUCCAAGCACCUGCUGGACUGUAACAAAUGUCGGGCCACAUACCACUCUGCCUGCCUCGGGCCCAGCUACCCAAACAGGCCGAGCAAGAAACGACAAACCUGGGUCUGCCCGAAAUGUGUGCGCUGUAAAAGCUGUGGAGCGACCACCCCAGGCAGGAGCUGGGACGCGGAGUGGUCAUAUGACUUCACCCUGUGUAAUGACUGCGCGAACCUCUUUGAGAAAGGGAAUUACUGUCCCAUCUGUACGAAGUGCUACGAAGAUAAUGAUUACGAGAGUAAGAUGAUGCAGUGUUCAAAGUGCGACCACUGGGUCCAUGCCAAGUGCGAAGGGAUUUCCGACGAGAUGUACGAGAUCCUGUCGAACUUGCCGGACAACAUCGUCUACACGUGCCUGCCCUGUAUGGAGGGGAAACCUGCCGAGUGGCAGGAGGUGGUCACCAGCGAGCUGCUCUCCGGCAUCAGGCAGGUGCUGACCGGCCUGGUGACCUCCAGGCUGACCGCACACCUCCUCACCCAAAAGGAGUGCAGGGAUGACAUCGCUGAUGUCUUCGACGCGGGGGUCCCCUGUGACCUGGACGGUGUGAGGAGCAAAUUUGAAGAAGGCGGUUACUCUUCUGUGCUAGAGUUCUGUGAUGAUGUGGCACGGAUCAUUCAGAGCAAUAUCAAUGAGGAGCUGGAGUUCCCGGACAGCUGGAAAGCUAACCUGUCCGCCAAGGCCUAUUUCAUCAAGCAAAUGGACCGGAUCUUCCCCUGGUUCAAGGUCGAAGACUCCAAAUACUGGCAGCAAUGCACCGCCUUACCCAACGGCCUGCACCCAAACGCUGUUGUUCCUCCCUCCCUUGACCACAUCUAUGCCCAAUGGCGGGAGCAGAGUGACAGCUCGCACCAUCCCGGUUCCCAGCAGAGGAGCGGUGAGAACCCAGCGCUGGGGAAGGACAACAGCAGGACAGACCAGCAGCCUGCAGGAGAGAGAGCGAGGGGCCAGGCUGUGAGCUCAGACAGCAGCGUCUCAGUGGACACUGAGGAUGGCCGCCAGUGUGCCCUGUGCCUGAAGUACGGCGACGAUAAACUCAACGACGCUGGGCGCCUCUUGUAUAUCGGGCAGAACGAGUGGACACACGUCAACUGUGCCUUGUGGUCAGCAGAGGUCUUCGAGGAAGGGGAUGGCUCGCUGAAGAAUGUUCACACAGCAGUCGGCCGAGGGAAGCUAAUGCGAUGUGAGUAUUGCCAGAAGCCUGGGGCGACUGUUGGAUGCUGUCUGUCUUCCUGUCAGAGCAACUACCACUUCAUGUGCGCCCGUGCCUGUAAGUGUGUCUUCGAAGAGGACAAGAAAGUCUACUGUCAACGCCACAAGGACUUGGUGGAAGGAAAGACUGUUUUGGAAGAUGGCUUCGAGGUAAUGCGGAGAACAUUUGUUGAUUUUGAAGGGAUCACCUUGCGUCGGAAAUUUCUGACAGGACUGGAACCUGAAAACAUCAACAUGAUGAUUGGGUCCAUGACCAUCGAUAGCUUAGGAAUUCUCACAGAGUUGUCAGAAUGUGAAGGACAUAUCUUCCCCAUUGGUUAUCAAUGUUCCCGUGUGUACUGGAGCACGUUCGAUGCUCGGCGGAAAUGUGUCUAUCGAUGUAAGAUCAUGGAGUACCAUCCACCUGCCUCCGAAACUGAUCUCAACAGUCAGGACCAGGGCACUAACCACACGAUCGUUCAUAGCCCCAGCACGGCAGAGGUGAACGAUGCCAUGGAGCCCGCUGGCAAGGGGCAGGAGGAGCAGCCGCCUUCGCCCGAGGGUCAGAAAGCCAGGCCCCUGCCCCCUCCCCGGCCAUUCCCCUCCAGCCGCAUCAAGACGCCCAGCUACCCCGCCGGCUGCAGGUGGUCAUCGGGUGGAUCGCGACCCCUGCCCUCUCCAGGGAGCCCGGCGUCCGUGUCUCAUCACAUCCUGACGGUCAGCGACCCCGCCAUCUCUCCCAGCCGCCGCUCUGUGGUGCCCAGACGCCACAGCCUGAUCACCCACCACGUGGUACCGAGGGGGAUGGUCACCUCCCCUCCCCGGCCUGCCCGGACUCCAGCCCCCCUGGUCAGGAGCAAGGACGGAGCCCCCUCCCUGCCCCCCCGGGACGCUGCGGAGAGGAAGACUGAGGGGGCGUGCACCCGCCCGCGGGUGGGGCCCACGCUCCCAGGGGCCGAGCAGCGGAACGGGCUGGAGAGGGAGCCCCGGGGCGAGCCCAGGGAGGUGCCCAGCUCCAGGCGGGUGCUGCCAGGGGACGCUGGGGGGCCGCAGCACGGCAGCCCCCUGGGGCCCAAGAUCCUGGAGACGCUCGGGCAGUUCGGUGUGCGGAGGGUGGAAGCCCCCGGGCAGAGGAGGGAGGAGGAGGAAGAGGGGGAGGAGAAGGGGUCGCUGGAGCUGCCCUGCCCCCCCCUCAGCGCCGCGGAGCUGCUGACGCCGGGGAGCAUGUUCGAGGGGACGGGCAGCGAGGGUGUCCCCUCCCUGCUGGGGGACGGGGUGCACCCCUUCGACGCCAUCGACCUGGACAUUGUGUCAGUGCUGAGCUCGCCCAACCUGCUGGCGUGUGGGGCUCAGGGAGACUGCCCUGUGCCCGCUCCGGCCGCGCAGGGGGAGAUCCCGCAGCCGGGAGCCGCCGUCCCCGAGAGGAAAGGGCGCCCGCGAGGCGCGGGAGUAGGAGGAGGAGGAGGGGGCGCCAGCGAGGGCGAGGAGGAGGAGGAGGAGGACGAGGACGAUGACCUGGACAACUACUACAACUUUGCCCGCACGGUGGUGACCGAGGAGGUGAUGGAGCAGCUGGCGUCCGAGUGCUUCGGCCUGGACUCGGCCGAGGUGCCCACCAUCGACCAGCUGGACGGGGUGGACGACUCGGACGGGGGAGGGGGCGAGGGAGGGGGUGCGGAGGAGGGCCGGGCGCCGCCCUCUCCCCCCCAGCCCCACCAGGCGCCCCUGCCCGCGCCCCCAAGCGAGGAGCCCGGCAACAUCCUGCCCUCGGAGAUCAUGGACUUUGUGCUGAAGAACACCAGCUCUCCCCCUCCUCCGCCGGCCGGCGACCCCCACUUCCCCGAGCCCCCCCGCAUCCAGAGGGCAUGCGGGGGGCUGUGCGCGGGGAGCCCACCCCCUCCCCCUCCCCCUGCCCAGCCGGGAGGCGGCGUGGUGCUGCUCAACAACAGCGGGCGGCACGUGGUCAUCCUGAAGGGGGCGGAGGAAGGGCCGGCGGCUUGCCCCCAGCCCCAGCCCCCACGGGCCGGCUACGGGACGGUGCUGCUGGCCUCCCCGGGCCCGGUCUCCCUGCUCCAGCCCCCUCCCCCGCCCCUGCCCGUCCUCAACCUGGUGCUGGGACGCCGCGAGACCCCACCCCCUCCCCCACUGCCGCCUGCGGUCACCCGCCUGGUGCCGGUGCCCCGGAGCGGGCUAGCGGCCUCCCCAUCGGGUUCACCGGACCGCGCCCCCACCAAGCACCCUCACCCCGCCCCCCCAGCCGCAGCCUCCUCCCACCCUGUGCUCGCCAAGAAGCCGAAACCCUCCCACGUGUGGAUCGAUCAGCUGGGCGCGGAACGCAAGGUGCUGGAGGAUCUGCCCCAGCCUCCCACCUCCUUAGGAAACGGUCGUGUACGGAUAAAAACACCAACUAUUAAGGCCACUUUAAACCUGGAUCGGACAGCAAGCCUGAAUUCACACAACGUCAGGUCGGAGUCAGGCAAGGAGCCCUCCUCCAACGUCAUCGGCCUGGCAACGUUGGACUCUCCUGUUUGCCAGAAUAACCGGGGCCACCCGCUCCGAGACUGGAAACGCUGUGCCGCUGAGCUGAGCUCAGACGACGAGUCCCCGGCUUCACCGGGCCGUGAGGGGCUGGAGGGCGAAGACGAGGACGAGGAUGAUGAAGAGGACGAUGAGGAAGAGGAUGAUGAUGAGGAAGAGGAACAGGACGAGAAGGACAAGGAAAACUGGAAAGGUUCAGAGAGCCAGAACCAGGCCGGGUCCCACCUGCGGUUCGAGAUCACGAGUGACGAUGGGUUUAGUGUGUGUGCAGACAGCAUCGAUGCAGCCUGGAAAGCUGUCUUGGAUAAAGUGCUGGAAGCUCGAGCAAAUGCACGCCUCAAACAGAUCUCCCUCGCAGGUAUGACUGGGAUCCGAUGUCUCGGUCUAACACACGAUGCAGUCUUGUUCCUUGUCGAACAGCUGGCUGGUGCCCGCAACUGCAAAAACUACAAGUUCCGUUUCCACAAACACGCUGACGUGGAUGAACUUCCCAUCAAUCCCCAUGGCUGUGUCCGUGCUGAAAUCGGGAGUAGGAAGUCGACGUUUGAUAUGUUCAAUUUUCUGGCAUCCCGGCACCGAAAGCUUCCUGAGUAUGGGUUUGUUGAUGAAGAGGAGGAUGAGGUGCAUUUGAAGUCUGCCAGGCGAGCGACGAGCAUGGACCUUCCCAUGGCGAUGAGGUUCCGUCACCUCAAGAAAACCUCAAAGGAAGCUGUGGGUGUGUACAGAUCUGCUAUUCAUGGUCGAGGGCUGUUUUGUAAGAGAAAUAUCGACGCUGGGGAAAUGGUGAUAGAAUAUUCUGGAAUCGUCAUUCGAUCUGUGUUAACAGACAAACGAGAGAAAUACUAUGACAGUAAGGGGAUUGGCUGCUAUAUGUUCCGAAUCGAUGAUUUUGAGGUGGUGGACGCGACGAUGCACGGGAACGCGGCUCGUUUCAUUAACCACUCGUGUGAGCCCAACUGUUACUCGCGGGUUAUUAAUGUGGAGGGUCAGAAACACAUUGUCAUCUUCGCCAUGCGGAAGAUCUACUGCGGGGAGGAGCUCACCUACGAUUACAAAUUCCCCAUCGAGGAUGCCAACAACAAACUGCCCUGUAAUUGCGGCGCCAAGAAAUGCAGGAGGUUUCUCAACUAACCCGGGCCGAGGGGGAGGGGGUCGCGGGGGCUCUCCAGCCAAGACAGGAGAUACUGUCCACCCACUCUCCCACCCCGCUGUCUCACCUCCCCCACUGCCCUGUUCUCUCCCUCCCUGGCUCCUUCCCUCUCCCCAUACACUGCCCUCCCUCCCCCACAUCCUAGUCCAUCCACUUCCCCUCUCCCCCCUCACCCCCUCUCUCCCCCUUCACCCCCUCUCUCCCCCUUUCCCUCUCUCCCCCCUUCCCCCCUCUCCCCC